UUUCUACUGGCGUGCAUUGAUUAUGUUGAAGCCGCAGCUUCUUCAAGUCAGUGAUGGAAUUUCCAGAAGAUUUCAACCAGCUAGAGCUUCUGAAUUCACAUGGAGACUUGAUCCCCCGCGGGGCAAGCAGCAUGUGGGCAGGGAGCAAGGAUGAGGAGGAAGAAGCAGAAGAUGAGGAAAUGGAACACAGUGAGGAAUGGUAUCUGCAAAAGGAGGAAGCUCUCACAGACAAACCAAAGGAGCUUAUUCUGUGGGCAGCAGAAAACAAUCGUCUGUCAACCGUCCACAAGUUGUUGACCGCUGACCCUUCUCUGGUGCAUUGCAGUGAUGAGGAUGGUUACACUCCACUACACCGUGCAGCGUACAGCGGCCAUGUCAGCGUGGUUUCUGCAUUGAUCUCCGGUGGGUCUAAAGUUAACCCUCGCACCAUUGACGGAUGGACGCCCCUGCAUAGCGCUUGCCGCUGGAGCCAUGUCGCUGUGGCGAGUUUUCUCCUCCAUCACGGAGCUGAACUCAACGCGCAGACCAACGGAGGGCUCACACCUCUACACCUGGCCGCCUCCCACACCAGCUCCACCAAAACAGACUCUGCUCACACAUUAGAGCUGCUCCUCUCUCAGCGGCAUCUGAGGGCAGGACUCCGCAGCAGCAGCGGGGAGACGGCCGGUGACGUGGCCCGGCGUAGCGGCCCACACCACUUCCUGUUUGAGAUGGUGGAAGAUUGUGUGAAUGCACUGCCUGUCACAUGAACGAUGCAUACAUAAACACUCACGCUCAAGCCGGUUUGAAAAUGGGUUCUAUACAGAGAAUACAUGAAUCCAAGUGUCAAGUUCCAAUGCCUUUGUUUUCUAUUUAAGCACACGAGUGAAUGAAUGCUCUAUCAGUGGAGUUGCGUUUUUGUUGCGUCCUUGAGCUUUGGAGUUGGAUGCUCAUUUGCUUUUGUCUACGCACUGCAUUCACUAUCACAGAGGUAUUCAAAUCUGGUCCUCGAGGGCCGGUAUCCUGCAUGUUUUAGAUAUUUCCCUUUUCCAGCACACCUGGUUCAGUUAAUGAUCAGCCCAUCAUCAAGCUCUGCAGAAGCCUGAUAA